GUUGAGCUUUGAAUGAGGGGCCAUCAUCCCGGCGGCUCGGAGGUGGAAAAUACAGUUUAAAGUCUCUCCGGAUGCAUUUAAAAUGAACAAGCAGGGUUUCUUCAGAUGUACUCCUCUCCGCUCCCUGUCUGAUCAUUUUGUAGAUCAUCAUAUUUGCUCAAGACUAAUGCCUUAGUUCUGACUAGACAUUAAGGAAUACAUUUAUUCUGUGUAUAUAUAGUUUUUUUUGAAAUCUCCAGUAGGAAUUCAGACAACAACCCUUCACCCGUAUCACCCUCCUUCCCCUCUCCCUUUUUCUCUUUACGUCAGAUUACGAGGGUCAUCAAAGCAAACUUAAGACACACAAAAACAUACACACACAGGCCACCAUGUCCUCCAUCCUUCCCUUCACUCCCCCGGUAGUUAAACGUCUCCUGGGGUGGAAGAAGACUCCAGCUGGGAGUGGAGGAGCAGGGGGAGGAAUUGGAGGAGUAGGGGAGCAGAAUGGAGGAGGACAGGAGGACAAAUGGUGUGAAAAAGCUGUGAAGAGCCUGGUGAAGAAGCUGAAGAAGACCGGGCAGCUGGAUGAGCUGGAGAAAGCCAUCAGCACGCAGAACAGCAACACAAAGUGUGUCACCAUACCCAGUAAUUGCUCAGAUCUGUGGGGUCUAGGCUCAGGCCACACGAUAGAGCAGUGGGACUCUACAGGCAUGUACGGAUACCCUGACCAUGGCAGGUCACUGGACGGGCGUCUUCAGGUGUCCCAUCGUAAGGGCCUGCCCCACGUCAUCUACUGCCGCCUGUGGAGAUGGCCCGACCUUCACAGCCACCACGAGCUGAGGGCUAUUGACGCCUGCCAGUAUGCCUUCAACCUCAAAAAGGAUGAAGUGUGUGUCAAUCCCUACCAUUACCAGAGAGUGGAGACGCCUGUGUUGCCUCCGGUGUUGGUGCCACGCCACACAGAGAUUCUGACAGAGCUUCCACCUCUAGAUGAUUUUACAAACUCCAUUCCUGAAAACACCAAUUUCCCUGCUGGCAUAGACCCUCCUAAUAACUAUAUACCAGAGACCCCUCCGCCUGGCUAUAUCAGUGAAGAUGGAGAGACCAGCGACCAGCAGAUGAAUCAAAGUAUGGAAACAGGCUCACCAGCAGAAAUGUCACCAAGCACCCUAUCACCUGUCAGUCAUGGCCUGGACCUUCAGCCUGUUACCUACAGUGAACCAGCUUUCUGGUGCUCGAUAGCCUACUAUGAGCUAAACCAGCGGGUCGGAGAGACGUUUCAUGCCUCUCAGCCGUCUCUGACAGUCGACGGCUUCACCGACCCCUCCAACUCUGAACGCUUCUGUCUAGGGCUUCUCAGCAAUGUCAACAGGAACGCAACUGUUGAAAUGACAAGGAGACAUAUAGGUCGUGGUGUGAGGUUGUAUUACAUCGGAGGGGAGGUGUUUGCCGAGUGCCUCAGUGACAGUGCCAUUUUUGUCCAGAGUCCCAACUGCAACCAGCGAUACGGCUGGCACCCUGCCACAGUCUGCAAGAUACCACCAGGCUGUAAUCUGAAGAUUUUUAACAACCAGGAGUUUGCUGCACUGCUGGCCCAGUCAGUCAAUCAGGGGUUUGAGGCAGUCUACCAACUAACCAGGAUGUGCACCAUCAGAAUGAGUUUCGUCAAGGGCUGGGGAGCAGAGUACAGACGUCAGACCGUAACCAGCACUCCCUGUUGGAUUGAGCUGCAUCUCAACGGCCCCCUCCAGUGGUUGGAUAAGGUGCUGACUCAGAUGGGUUCACCAUCAGUACGCUGCUCCAGUAUGUCCUAAACAGGGUGCUGCUGCUGCUGCUGCUGCUGCUGCUGCCGCCUACGCAAAUUCAAACUGACAUUUCACAACAUUCGACCAGUCUGCCCUAAGGGAGACCACCGUGCAGUCUUAAACUGAUGUUCGCACACGAUGAAAACAAAACAAAAACAAAGAAAAAAAAAAAGAAAAAAAAAGGAUUACACAAUGGACCUGGAGGAUGGGAGAAUGACAUCACUGAUGGACAAUAGUGGAAUGUUAAAAGUGAUGUCAGAGUGGGCCUGAUCACCUCAGGCUCUGUUGGAUUGAUGUUGACAUUCCAGUAACCAUGGACCUUUAUAAUUGAAAUCACCCUGCAAUAUCAAAAUGACGAGAGUGAUGUCAUAAGGGACUUGACUACAUUCAUGUUUUUCGGUAUUUGAUUGAGGCUGCGAUCCAGAAACACAAAGCAGGACAGGGCUCUACUGUCCCAGUCAGUGACGCGAGAACGGUUGAGCAUGUGACCUUCUAGUUACAAGAGAGUCUCUCCCAGUACUAGUCCACCUUGCCGCUUCACUACCUACCUACCACAGCACAACUUUGAUUCAGUGUCAAGAUUUCCGUUUACACAAGGUUGACCAACAGUAGUACUGCCACUCCAGGCUCAUCUUCAACCAAAGUCAGCUUCACGCCUGGACAUGAUUUUUUUUUUUUCCUUCUUGGUUUUGGUGAACCCCAAACUUACCAUUUUUAUCUGGAGGAUUUCCACUUUUCCUGCUUUUCUCCUCAUCAGGUCCCGUGUUGUCAGCAUCACAAACCUGAUUACAUUGAACUGUUGGUCCUUCAGCUCUUAAAAGGGGUGACCACUGGGAGAGCAAAUUGAUGUCUAUAAGUAAUAUUACAUACCUCGUCUUCACAUGUUCACAUGUACACACAUAUACUGUAACACAGACACUUGACUUGCUAUUAUAACAGCUUUGCUUUGACAUAACGACCAAUCAUUUUCUCUGUGGUGUUUAAUGUCGACUGGUCCCAUUCGUCCACAAGUGUGCAGCGAGGCAGAUGUCUGAGUGUGAAUGGAUCAGAGCUGGAACAAAGAAGUAUUUCUUUUGUUCUUCCAUGAGGAGUUUUUUUUUUUUUUUUUUUUUUUUAUAAAAGUGUGGUCAGUGGCUAACCAGCACAGAUAACUGGAAUAACUAAGUUUAAGGGAUUCUCAGCGCAAGAGCGUAAGGACAUGUCACUCCACUGGAACUUCACACAGUUUAUGAAUAUGUUUUUCAGACAGUAAUAAAUGCAUAAGGAGUAAGCCACGGUUAAGUUGCCCCCUUCUGUUUUUUGAAGCCAAACAGUUUGUCUCACUGUUUCCUUCAUGGACGCUCUUGCGCUUUCUCUUACAUUUUUUUCUUUAACUUUUUACAAUGAUGUCAUAUUGCAUAUGACUUGUAGGUUGGAACUGGAGAUAUGCAGGAAUGAGACUCAGUAUAGAUGCAGUUCAAGAGUCUAAGCCUCAAUGUCACUCCCUGCUGUCUAACAGGAAAAAAAAAGACAAACACCCAUCACUUUCAUUCUGUGUCUCUUGAUUAUAUGCUUGGACUAAUGCACGGUUUCCCCAUUAUUGACAUUUUACUGAUAGGAAGACAAAGAUAAGAAGUCCUGCAGUGUGGGACUUAAAAAAAUAGCUUCUAUACCGUACUUGCACUGCCCCAAAUUAUGCACCCUUGAUAUUGCUACAAGAAAAUUGCCUUUGUAAAAUACAGCAAGAUAUGCUUUGAAAUGUACAGAUAGGAAUGUUGAAAAGCCCAACUGAAGUAAAGACAAUUACAAACAAAUAUAUUAAAUGGUCACUAUAAAGAUUUUCCCCUUUUUUUUAUAUUGUCUGAAUUGGCUUAUUAAAGAACAUCCAUUUGAUUUGAAUGAGAUGUCUUGCCCUGAUUUCUAAGCCAGCUGUUACCUACAUUGGUAUUUUAUCUUUUCAACUCGAAGUGUUUAAGCUUUAAGUAUUUGACUAGCUAGUUAUACGACACAGCUAUUAUUUUCUUUACACCUUCUUUUAGCUACAUUUUUGUAUUUCCACGUAUUUUUUCUAUAUGAAUAUAUUUAAAAUCUUCAAAGCUUUCUUCCUUUUUAUUAGAAUUCAAUAUUUUUUUAGAAUAUGCCCACUGUAUGAAAUGAACUCAGCUUGCCGAUGAUUUAUGAGGUAUGUAGCAUAGGAUAUAACAUUUUCACUGAAUUUACCAUUUAAAACAGCUCAAAUUGUGUACUUAAUGAUUUAGACGCCAAGACACCGUAAUUUCCAUCCACCUUCUUUUCUUUACUAAAAUGGUAAAAGCGGCUGGUGAAUUUCAGAAUCUGUGUGUUAUAAAGGUAAUUUCUUGCCUUACUCUUACCAAGUUUUCAGCUCUAUGGUUGUGACCCAAAUUAUGAGUGUGCUGUCCCAAAGACUGAAUGCAUGUAUUUACAGUAUGUCCUGUACACUGCAGAUCCACUGUGUUAUAAACCCAUCUGCUGAUGAAAACCUGAAAGUUCCAGUUUUUUAUUGGCUUAAUAUAAUUUUUUAACUUUCCAAUGUCCUGCUGGGGUUUGAUUAGUUUGAAAUUAUUAGCUACAAAUUAAGAUACCUGUUGCUUAUUUUCAAUAUACCAUGGUCAUUAGAAAAUAAGUGCAUUUAAUACCAACUGUUUUGAUACUGAAAAAUAAUACUGUUGGAUUAAAUCCUAACUCAACUCAAAAAAGUCUGAAUUUUAGUUAUUUAACUUUAAAAGCUCUUACUUUGGAAGGUUAAUUUGUGAAGUGUGUUUACAUGCACGUGUUGUGAUAUUAUAUCCCAGUGAAAGGCGUCUUUACUAGUAUAGUUUAGUAUAUCCCUCAGCAAUGUUACCAUGAAAAAUGGGAUUGUAAGUGGGACAUAUAAAUGUAUAUAAAUUGGAUUGAGUGUAUACUUGCAUCACCAUCUUGUCUCGUACUGUCACAUUCCAGAUAGUUUGUUGGACUUUCUCCAAACUGAGACAAACACCUGACAGUGGUCUUAACUUGGGGCACAGUAAUUCUUGUGUGCAUGUAAACACAUUCACAGUUUCUAUUUGAUUACCUACUGCUGCAAUUGCAACUUUAAUGAAGGUUUAGUUUAUCAUAGAAAAAAGGAGACAAUUCAUAUAUAUUGUCAGCAUCCUGCAGGAACUUUGAUUAAAGAUUUUCAUUUGAUACAAACUUGCCAUCCUCACCUAUGGGGUGAUGUACUAGAGCACUCGGACCAAACUGAAAGAUUUACACUUUACAUUACACUCAAAAGCAAUUGAUGGUCUUGUAGGACAACGUGUUUUGAAGUUAGUUUGACUACGGCAAAUCAUGAACUAUACUUUUUUAGGAGAACCAUUUUCUUCAUUCAUCGACCAUUUGCCGGGGUCAAAUUUUUUAAAGUACUCACUUGUAACCAGACUGAAACCAGCUGAAUGCAGUGAUGUUUGUCUGUCUAUAUGUGUAUCUAUCUGUCCAACUGUCUGUCUUGUCCUUUUGCUGGUCUGUCAUUUUCUUUCAUUUAUUAGAAAUAAAAACUUGAUUCAGUACACAUGUUAAAAUGCUAAAAUGAAAAUAUAGUAGGCUGUGUCAUUGCUAACUCACAUGUCAGUUCUAUGCAGUGAUAUCAAAAAGCGCUAUACUCAAAAACAUUUCCCCAGUAGGAAAUAUACACAGUGUAUUCUGAUGGCUAGACAUGCUGUUUUAUGCAUGUUGCCAUAGUCCAGCAAAAGCUUUUGUAUUAACAUUUUUUUUUUUUUCUUUAAAUGGGUGCCACCCGGCAUUGUACCCCCAAACUAACCAGCUUUUCUCACUUCCUGAGAAGUCUGUUUUGGAGAUGGAAGAUGAGACCAAAUGAGGUUUCGUGCAGGCUACAUCUGCUCAUUUUAAGGGUCCACAUUCCUAUUUACAGAUUACAUAUUGUGUUUUCUUUUCUUAUUGUGAUGACAAUUGUGUACCCCCAAAUAAGCCUCUUUCUGAUGAAUUCCUAAGAAGGUGGCUUUUUGGAGGAAAGUGAAGCUUCUACAUGUCACUAGUGAUGUUAUCGUAUAGUUGUACUUUUGUUUUACCAUGCACACUGUUUCUUUUUCUUGCUAUCGACAGAGCAUAUUCCAUUAGACAACAAGCUGUUAGGAUUUCUGUCUUCUUCAAACACUGAUGAUGAUCUUCAUAGGCUUUCCAACUAUUCUACAUAUACAGACAACUUCUUACAGUGUACACUAAUAAAGCUGUUUUAAUU